CUGUUAUGAAAUGUUGUUUUGCUUUCUAUAAUUUUUCUUUGUUCUAAAUUCUUUUGUUUUACUUUAAACAAAAAAACAUUACUUUUCAAAUUUUUAUUAAUUAUAUAAUAAAUGAACUCAACGUACAACGACCACCACCAUCUGAAAAGAGAGCCUAAUGAAAACUCCGGCGUCGGAAUCAUAUAUCCACCGUCACCUUCUCCGCUGCUAAAACUAAACAAAGACUCUCACGUCAUCAAAAAGCCACCCUCGCCGUCUUCUUCCUCCUCCGCAGCCGCGAAGCCUCGCCAGCCGGUGAUCAUCUACACGAACACGCCCAAAGUCAUACACACCAAUCCUAAAGACUUCAUGGCUCUCGUCCAGAAACUCACCGGAAUGUCUCACUCCGAGGAAGACUCCAGCAUAACGGAUCGCGGAGGAGGAGGAAAAUCAAUCAACCGGAGCGUCUCUGAUCUCACCGUCGACAGAAAAGUUAACCGGACCCGCUGCGGUGGUGGUGGUGGAAAUAACAGCUACAACAGGAGCUAUUCUGGUUCCGGGAAAGGGAUAUUCUUCAGCAAUAUUUGUGAAGAUAGUGAAUCAUCGUCGGUGAUCACAACCGAUGAGAACAUGGGAGGAGGAGGAGGAGGAGGAGAGCAUGGUGGUGGACAUGUUAACUCGUCUCUACCGUAUUCAGCGGUGGCUGUUUCUCCUUUCACUCAUCCUCCGCCGCCACCACCUCCACCGCUUCCUCCUCAGUCUAUGUACGAUGGGACGACAAAUGGGAUUAACUACAGCUCUUACUUCUCGACGCUUUUGCCCGGGGGGAAUCCAGCUGAUAGUUUUCUGUGUGGGAAUCAAAACUUUGGUAGUUUUGAUGAUCAGCUUUACUUUAUGCCUAAUAUGAGGAGCUCUUUCUCUUCUUCUUCCUCUUCUGGUUUUGAUGGGUUAACUGAGUUUAGAGAUUUUUGACAUUGUUUUCAUCAAUGAUUACAUUUCUUUUUGGUUAUUUCUAUUUUUUUCCUAUUCAGGAAAAUAAAUUUUGUUCUUUUUUUUUUCUAAUUUUAUUGGAGGUUUUGAGAAUGAACUAAUAAAUUCUGGCAUUAGUUAUGAUCCCUUUGCGUUUAUUUUGGCAUGUAUGUUGUUUUUUUUGGUCAUCUUAAGAUAUAUAUUAAGUUACUAUAAAAAACCGAACCCCAAGGGGAUACAAUCAAACCAGUUAUCACAAAGAGACAGAAAAUUUCAAGAAGAGGACGCAACUCACUUCAUAAACAAAAGAUGUGAUCAUUAUCUUAGUUUGGUCUUUUAUUCUUUGGCAUCAUCAUAUGCCUUUUUGACAACAAUCUUUUCAUUUUAGUACAAUCUUUCAAUUUCAUGUUUUUCUUCUAUUUUUGAUAACUUAAUAGAUCAUUUUCUAUUUUUCUCUCUAAAUU